ACAGCUUGGCAAGCAUAGUCCACGUACUUCGUACAUAACACACAUAUACAUAUACACACACACGAUCGACCAAUUAUGGCUUCCGCUGGCCAGAUGAAGAUGCUCGUCGCCGUGGUCGGCAUGAUGGUGUUGUUCAUCGCCGGUGCCGGCGCCACUACCCUCGGCCUCGGUGUCGGGUCCUCGGACACCUGCGUCAACUACCUGGAGGACGUCCCCAGCCCCAACGCCUGCAUCUGCUCCAAGAAUUGCGCCUGCGCCGGGAAGUGCAUCAUCGAGGGCGGCGACGGCGACAAGGUGAAGCUCUGCUUCGUGGAAUGCGUGCUCAAGAACGACUGCAACUGCCAGGGUAAGCACGCCGCUCCGGAUGCGCGCAAACCUUAGCGAACCCAAGCCUCUCGAUCUCCAACAGGCCAUGUCGAUCUGGGCGCGCUGAGCGAGUGUCAGUGUCAAUGUUGAGUUGUUUUGUACUAAUAAAUUGUACGGGGGCGAUCGUACGGUACGUGCUGGAUUGAGUCGUGGACUACUGUAGAUCACUAUACCUCUGUCCUGCGUGCAUGCGCGCACGCGUCACAAGCAUGCAUUGCAUGCGUGUGAUUCUCGUCUUGUAAGAAUGUGGAUUGACACUCACAUCCACCUUGAACGGCGAAAAUGUCAAACUGA